AUGUCGAUCGACGUCCAGGGGGGAAACAAGCGGGGCGGUCGGCCAGUGACGAACGCGGAGAUCAAGUGGUCGUUCCGAGCUGUCACUUCUCCUCCAUCAACCACCAUGGAUACCGCAUACGACCACAUCCAGGAGGAGAUUUACUCCUCCAAUAGGAACGAGACCACCUCAGACUCUUCCUCCGCUACCGAGAAGCCGAACAUCGACCUCAACACCGAGCUCACCGAGACCUUCCGUGCUUUCUCCGCCAGUCCGUGGGGUACUCGAAUUGGAGGCUUGUGGGACAAUGUGCGCAAGCAAGGCGAGAGUUAUUACGAAGGCGCAAGGCAGGAAUAUGUGGCGGCUAGCGAGGAAGCUGUGAAGGGCUUUACGGAUCUGAAAGACACCAUCGUUGAUCGAACAAAGGGGCUGACGCUCAGCACGGCAACUCUGACUGGCGAAGGUUCAAAGGAUGAAGCGACUACGCCUACUGCUGCGACGGAAGGGGAGUCUCAGGAGAAAGGUGAGGAAGCCGGUCCAAGCGGCGAAGGGUUCAUUUCCCGCUUCAAGGCCGAAGCUGCUCGACGACUAAAAGAAAUCGAGAAGGCCGAGGAGGCUGCGGAUGAGGCAAUUCUACGGUUUGGGAUCAGCAUUAGCCAGAAGCUACGUGAAGCCGUGAGCAUUCUGCCACCAGAAACCGACGAGUCUGGCAAGCUCCUUUUCGAGAGCAAAGAUGCGGAUGGCAAAAGGGUCAUCCAUGCGACUCGGUUCGACGCUCAAUUGCACGUUAUUCACACGAAUCUGGACAGCUUCACCAAGGACCCUGUCAGCGACAAGUUCCCCGAGCACAAGAAGGAGUUCAACGUGGACGCCAAGACGGACGAAAUUGCUUCUUAUCUGGAAAAGUACCCAGAGCUGCGCUCUGCAAUGGAAAAGCUUGUUCCAGAGACUGUUGAGUAUGCUGAUUUCUGGACCCGCUACUACUUCUUGCGCCUCGUUAUUGAAACAGAGGAGCAAAAGCGCAAGGAACUUUUGAAAGGCGCCCAUGCUGAAGAAGAGGAAGAGGUUGGAUGGGAUGAUGACUCUGAAUCUGAGUCUGAGUCGCCUUCUACUCCUCAGCCAGAGGCUCGCCGAUCCAACGAUCAGCAAUCGCAGGCGGAUAGCGAGUCCAGCUAUGAUGUCGUCAGUGGAACAGCCAGUCGAACGCCCGGAAGCCCCAAAGAUAAGAGCCCAACGGCCGACUCGAAAGCAGAUGAUAGUGAUGAUGACUGGGAGUAG